AUGGAUGGGACUCUGUAUAUAAUUCUGGAUUCAAGAAGUCUAUUUGUGUAUGAGUACACUGAAGAUCACCAGCUAGGUACUCAAGAUAAAUUGUUGGUUUCAGGAGAGUGUGUAUUGAAUUCUGUAUUUCAGUUUACAAGGCUAUAUAAUUUGAGUACAGGCAAGAAAAAGAGGCUGAAUAUAUAUAUUUGUGAUUCAAAUGGCGAGAAUUUAAUAUUUGAUGGUUCUAUCUCUGGCUUAACGAAGGAGUUACAAUUUGAAUUAAUGCCAAAAAUGUUGGAGGAGAUUUCGGAAAAAAUAAAGCCGGGAGAGAUGAAAGUGAGCCCAACAAUUUCUAAAUGUCUCUGUAAGAUUAAUGGUACAAGGAAAAAGUUUGGGUAUAACAGGUCGGAGAAAGACCGCAUUAUAUUAGUGGAUGCUUCAGAUAAAGAUGAUUAUAUUUCUCAGUAUGUAUCUUUGCUAAAUUGUGGGUUUGCAUCACAGAAAUUGGUAAGUUUGAUAAAUAACUCAAAUAUUCGCCUUUCAGUUACAAUUUUGAAUCAGGAUGUGGUUAUUGAUGUUGUAAGUGUGACAAGAAAUCCAUCUCCAUUAUUGAACAAUUUGGUAGAUAUAUGUAAUGGGUUAAAUUUGAAAUAUUCUGAUAUGGCAGAUUCACUCGUAGAAGGAGGUGUUGAAAUAAGUGAAGAUAACUACGGAUUGGAUCAAGGAUUGACUCCUUUUUUGAUUUUCCAUCUAUUACCUUCCAUUCAGGCUCGAGAGGAGUUUUUUGUUUCCAUUAAUAAGACAAAACACACAGGUUUGGCUGUAUGUUUUUGUCAUCAUCAGAAAAUUGAAAUAGGAUAUGUAUGCUCAUCGUGUUUGUCAAUAUUUUGUUCACAAUUUAAGGCUCCAAUAUGUUCAACAUGUGGGUAA